UCCACAUUGACUCAGUACCAGUACCCUCUGUAUAUAGCCUCCACAUUGACUCUGUACCAGUACCCCUGUAUGUAGCCUCCACAUUUACUCUAUACCGGUACCUCCUGUAUAUAGCCUCCACAUUGACUCUGUACCGGUACCAUCUGUAUAUAGCCUCCACAUUGACUCAGUACCAGUACCCUCUGUAUAUAGCCUCCACAUUGACUCUGUACCAGUACCCCUGUAUGUAGCCUCCACAUUUACUCUAUACCGGUACCUCCUGUAUAUAGCCUCCACAUUUCCUCUGUACCGGUACACCCUGUAUAUAGCCUCCACAUUAACUCUGUACCGUAAUACCCUGUAUAUAGCCUCCACAUUGACUCUGUACCGGUACCCCCUGUAUAUAGCCUCCACAUUGACUCUAUACCGGUACCCCCUGUAUAUAGCCUCCACAUUGACUCUGUAACGUAAUACCCUGUAUAUAGUCCUCACAUUGACUAUGUACCGGUACCCCCUGUAUAUAGCCUCCACAUUGACUCUGUACCGGUACCCCCUGUAUAUAGCCUCCACAUUAACUCUGUACCGGUACCCCCUGUAUAUAGCCUCCACAUUGACUAAGUACCGGUACCCCCUGUAUAUAGCCUCCACAUUGACUCUGUACUGUAACACCCUGUAUAUAGCCUCCACAUUGACUCUGUACCGGUGUACCCUGUAUAUAGCCUCCACAUUGACUCUGUACCGGUAUACCCUGUAUAUAGCCUCCACAUGAACUCUGUACCGGUAUACCCUGUAUAUAGCCUCCACAUUUACUCUGUACCGGUACACCCUGUAUAUAGCCUCCACAUUGACUCUGUAACGUAAUACCCUGUAUAUAGCCUCCACAUUGACUCUGUACCGGUACCCCCUGUAUAUAGCCUCCACAUUGACUCUGUACUGUAACACCCUGUAUAUAGCCUCCACAUUGACUCUGUACCGGUAUACCCUGUAUAUAGCCUCCACAUUAACUAUGUACCGGUACCCCCUGUAUAUAGCCUCCACAUUGACUCUGUACCGGUACCCCCUGUAUAUAGCCUCCACAUUGACUCUGUACUGUAACACCCUGUAUAUAACCUCCACAUUGACUCUGUACCGGUAUACCCUGUAUAUAGCCUCCACAUUGACUCUGUACCGGUACCCCCUGUAUAUAGCCUCCACAUGAACUCUGUACCGGUAUACCCUGUAUAUAGCCUCCCAUUUACUCUGUAUGUUUAGUGUUACAAUACAGUAGUUCGACUUUAUUAUAGAUAGUCCUUGUGCCCAGGGUCCGGGGGCUACCGGUGAAGCUGUUGAUAUCAGGUAUGAAGGUAAGACCCAGAUGCAGACGAUGUCAAAUUAACAAUGGUUUAAUAAUCCAACAGGAGCAGACAAUAUACAGGUCAAGGCAGGCAGGGGUCAGUAAACCAGAGGUGGGCAAAGGCACAGGUCGGCAGGCAGGCAGAGAGGCAGGACAGGCAAAGGUCAAAACCAGGAGGGCGAGAAAAAGAGGGAGUGGGAAAAGCAAGAGCUGAAGCAAAAUAUCUGGUUGACGAACUGGCAACAGACAAACAGAGAACACAGGUAUAAAUACACAGGGGAUAUUGUAGAAGAUGGGCGACACCUAAAGGAGGGUGGAGACAAUCACAAAGACAGGUGAAACAGAUCAGGGUGUGACAGUUAAAUGGCUAAUUGUGAAUUAUUCCUAAAGAGUUGUUAUUUUUUUGUGUGAAAUGUUCUUUUAGAAGUGCGUUGGAGAUAAUUGAUACAACCAAAUGAAAUGGAAAUUAAAUUUAGUCUUUUGCUGUUUAAAUCAGAGAAAACAACACACCAGAAAAGGAACACAACAUUACUGGGUGAUUGGGUCAGAAUACAGUGUUGUUGUUCUGAUGUCUGACAAAUAGUAUUUGUUCCAAUGAUCUAACUGAGACAAAGUUUCCCUCAACUUAAAUAAGUAUAGUUCAUAAUUCAGUUCAGAUGGACAUUUCUAAACGUCUAUGGAAUAUUCAUAUGGAAUGCCACUAUUCAUUUGAAUGCAUGUGCUAAAGUGCAUACCCCAUAAGGCCCUACAAAGGCAAAAAGCAGUAACUACGUAAUUUAUUUUACCGCAAAAUCGUACUUAUUUUUCUGUCUAUGCAGUACUUUCUGAUUCACCAUUAUAUAUUCGGAUCAAAUGGCUUGUUCCUGUGUCAGGAAACGAAUACCACAUUAAUCAGAUAAUAUACCUGGUCGUUGAAACAGAUCAAAUUCAUAGAUACGUUUUGCCUUUGUAGGGCAGCAUCAACUUAAUAAUUCAGUUCAGAUCAACAUUUUAAUAGUCUAUGGAACGUUCCUAUGGAAUGCCACUAUUUUGAUUUGCUAUUAGCAUGUACACCAUAAACUUAUGCUAUCUCAACAACUUCCCUACUGUCAACUUUCCUACACACUGACCAGCUGACAUGUGGCGUGCCGUCACCUCUCCUGAGGUUGUGGAAUAUGGUCCAAACUGAGCACUGACAUCACCUAAACCAGUUAGUCUUCACAUGUAUCAUAUUUCCAUUGAAAAAUAGCCUUUGACUGACCAAAACAUCACUCAUAACAUGUUUCCCCAUUAAAAUGCUAGGUUGAGUAAAUGUUCCCUUUCUUUCAUCUAUAACCAUCAGUAAGGUUGAAGGACAGGCUAGGUGGGCACAGAAACAUCCAAUCCUGUCAUACAUUACAUCAUGCUUUCACAACUGAUUUGUUUAUCCAACCGUUUGUUCAAUUCUGUGCUCACAUGCGCACACGUGUGUGUGUGUGUGUGUGUGUUUGCAGAGAUAAGCUGGGGAGGGGAGUGUCUGUCAGUAAAGCAGGGAUAAAUAGAGAGGCAGAGCUCAGAGUUUGUCAGAAGGUGGACCUGACAGGGUCACACACAGGACCAAGCAGGAGCUCAGCAUUUUGACCUUUUAUUACAAAUGGAGAAACAUGAAGAUGUUCAAUACUGUUUUCAGGACAGAAACUCUUCUUGCAGAAAGGCUUUUCUAUCGACAUCUAUCUACAUAACACUGUACAUCUUCUUCUCAUUGAUUUCAGCAGUUACAGUAUUUUUGAACAUACUGGUGAUCAUCUCCAUCUCUCACUUCAAGCAGCUCCACACUCCAACCAACCUGCUCAUCUUCUCUCUGGCUGUGUCAGAUCUCCUGGUGGGACUGAUUGUGAUACCAGUAACGACUGUAUCAAUAAUGGAAUCAUGCUGGGGUUUUGGGGAAUAUUUCUGUGUGUUUCAUUUCUACAUUACUUUUUUAUGUACUACUUUAUCUCUUGGCAAUUUGGUCCUUAUAUCUAUUGACCGCUAUGUUGCUGUGUGUGAUCCCUUAUUAUACCACUCUAAAAUAACAAUAACAGGAACUAUCUGUUGUAUAUCCAUUACCUGGUGUUGUUGUAUCAUAUAUGAUGCUGUUAUUGUACAAAACUUUGUAAAUGUGCAGACACCCAGUAGGUGUUUGAAAGAAUGUACUGCUGUUGAAGGUUCAGUCUGGGUUAAUAUCACUGACAUUGUAAUUACAAUGGUUGUCCCGUGCUCUGUUAUUAUAACACUUUAUAUGAAAAUCUUUGUGGUGGCCAGAUCACAGGCCAGAAAGGUAUUUUCUAAAGAGGCUGCCAGUGUGUCUGGUGUUAAAACUGUACAGGCAAAUAAGUCUGAGAGAAAAGCAGCAAAAACUCUGUCUAUUGUUGUUUUCAACUAUUUCAUUUGUUGGAUUCCAUCUUUAUUAGUUUUUUUUCUUUUUCUUUUUUAAGUUAUAAUUUGUUAUCAUAUUUAAUCUCUUUUCUGGCAUUUGUUAAUUCCUUAAUCAAUCCAAUCAUUUAUGCUUUCCUUUAUCCAUGGUUCAAAGUGACAGUUAAACUUAUUUUAUCUCUGAAUUUAAGGCGUUCAUAGUUCAUGUCUUUAUUCCCUAGUUUGACAAACAUAGGUUUUAUAUAGUUUUAUUAUACAAUUGUUGUAAGUAUCUCAUUCAUGUAACAAUACACUGACAUGACUUAUCUCAGUGUUUAGGUACAUGUGGUGUUGAUACAGAAUGAUUUGACUGGAUUGAAUUGGAAUGACUUGGAGUCGGCAUAAGAAGGAAUAAGCUUGUUUAAUAAAAUACAUUGUAGUCAUUUUGGGUUGUAUAUUCCAAAUACCAAAGUCUGUUGAUGUUCCAUGUUAUUUAAUGAUAAAUAGUUUGUAAGUAUUCUAAAAGUACAUUUUGAGGACGUCAUGAGUCUUUCUAUAUGUUGUUCAACAUCUCCCUCUAGUGGCUCAAUUGGGACACAAUGCCUUCACCACGUGUAGUAAAAUGUAAAUGUACAAUAUGCAUGAUAUCAGAUAACAUCCAAGUCUAUCUCAAUGGUGUAUUGUGUAAGUAGUUAAUGGUCAAAUUUAAGAAUUUGCAAAUAUGGGUAACACUUUAUAAUAGCAUUCAGUAAUAAAACAUGUGUAAGGAAUGUACAGUUUGUUCACCAUUUAUUAAUCAUUACUCCCAAAUGUGUUAAAUGUUAGUCAGGUAGGUAUUCUCACAUGUGUAAAUUACUAGU